AUGCGGCACGCAAUUGUCGUUGGAACGUGUCUGGAUCUUGAGGUCCUUCGAGGGAGCCGAUAUGGUUUGACGUUGCUGAGCAGCGCCAAUGAGUUGAUUCGAGAAAUCAGGCGGCUGCUGUCUCGAGCUUGUUCCAAUUCCUCCCUCGAUCUGAGUAAGCGCGAAGAUGAAGGUCGGUUCGAAGGCCGUCGAAGAAAUAUUAUUAUUGGCGAUGCCGGGAGGGAUGCCGACCUUGACGAUGACCUCUUGUUCGCGGUGAUGCACCUUGCAAAAGUUACAGGGCUCCGAAAUAGCAGUAUGCUCUCUGACCCUCCUGUCAGACCUCACGACGAGAGGCGAACAGAUCUCUUCAAACCGCCCGUGUUUCUCCGGCGCAUGCAAUAUUUGCACCUCUGGGGCAGGUCUGACCACCCCUCUUCAGCCGCGGAAGCUUCUCUCCAUCUCUCACAGCUGGAAACUCUCGUGGCUCUCAAAGGCGGUCUUCAGCAGGUGAAGGCCCCUGGCUUUGCAGAGGCGUUGCAUCUGUUCGACAUCAUCGGGAGCGCAAAGCGCCUGGCACGGCCGAGAUUUGAGAUGCCCCGAUCCAGCAUUGACUUCCUCCAGGACAAGAUGCCCGCGUUAAGGAUGCAGCAGCGUCGGGUCGGGGUGGAGAUGUAUCAGCAUCUUCCUCUAGACUCGCCGCUCGCCGAGAUUUUCCAAGACAUCCACCUCUUCUGCUCCUCCAUCUGCUCCCUCGUGAGUAGACUGAACCCUGGGGCCCACGGUCAAGACGGAAAUCGAGAUUCAUCUUCAACUUCAUCUCCACCUUCGGCCGACACGCUCUCGUCCGAGGACGUCGUCCUGCUCCGAAACCUCGUCGAAUACCGCCUUCUGGCCUACUCUGCGGACUCGAACAACUGGACCGAAAGCGUGACGUGGACAUCGGCCAUGAUAUUCACGCACGGCGUGGUCUUCCCGCUCCCGCACUCAGCGUCACUGAACAUCCUCGUCUGUCGGCUCCGCGAAGCUCUGCGCGCGAGAAGAGCCGACAUCCAUCAUCUCGCAAGCCGGUGUGAGCCUCUACGAGGAGCAGCCUUCGAGACAUCUCCCGGCCUCGACCCGGACCCCGACAAGAGGCUCGUGAUAUGGGCCGCGAUGAUGGGCGUCAUGGCCACUUCGGACUCUCAAGCAGAAGAAGAGAGGGUCUUCUUCCUCAAUACCCUCAGGACAUACUUGUCAGGGUCGGGUAUCUCGAGCUGGGCACAGUUGAAGAGCAUCUUGGAGGCGUACCUGUGGGUCGACUGGGCCUGCGACAUGGGCGGAUUGGCCGUGUGGGAGAUGCUCUCCACCAUAUGUGCACACGGGCACGGCACGGCAUGGCCGCGUUGGUGA